AUGUCCUUAAGGCUUCACCUGAGCGUACCGUGCGUUAGGUCCUUUUCGACGACGGCUUCUGCGUUUGCAGUCAAGGGUGCUAAGCAGAAACAAUCCUACAAGAACAAGAAUUCCAGCGGAAAGAAGAGAAGAGGUCCUGGUUCAAACAAGUAUUUCCUGGAUGCUGUUUCACAUUCGAACCUGCACAAGAAGGCAGAUGCCGCUGUUUUGGAGGACUUGGGAAAGUUGACUAUUUCCGAGGAUGGAACCCUUGCUUUUGGCUCAUUGGUCAGAUACCCUUCGCACAUCCUCAAGACGCUCUACAGAUUUGGAAGUUUCCAGAAGACUCAGUUUAACGAAAUCCACCCUGAGCCUUUGUCUGUAAUCAGAGAGUCCACGACGGGUAAGUUGUGGGAUUUUUUGAAUUCCAGUGUCGAAACUAGCUCAAAAUCAAACAGAUUGAUCAUUACCGGUGAUUCUGGAGUUGGCAAAUCUACUGCGAUUGCUCAGUUUCAAGCACUUUCCAAAACUAAAGGCUCGGUUGUGAUACCAUUUACAAAUCUGGACAGUUUGUUGGACGGAUCAUCGGAUUUUGUUUUUGACCAAACGUCGCAGAAGUACUCGCAGCCGAUGGCCAACGCCAAGUUGUUAAAGAAAGUCCGCACAGGUAACGAGGAAGAACUAAAGGAGAUCAAGCUGGAGAACCAGGAUUUGUCCGCAUGGAAAACGGGUGAUGUCACUCCAGAGACCUCAUUGUAUGAGUUCCUCCAAUUAGCGCGUUCGCAAAAGCUGAAGUGGAACUCGGGCGCCGUUCUGGAAUUUGCAGUGAAGGUUUUGAGCGAACAGGUCAAGUACCCUGUGUACUUGACUGUUGACAAUUUGUCAGCCUUCCCAAAAACUCCCUUCACUGCUUACAGAAACACUUCCAACGAGCCACUUUACUUCGGUGAUUUCCAGUUGGCCAGUCUCAUAACUGACUUGGCUAGUGGGUUCAGAUCUUUCAAGAAGGGUGGUGUGGUAAUGGCCACCUCUGGUAUUCACGGUGAAUUCGAUCAGACUAUUCCUGCGGUUUGUGGACUGGUCAAGCCUGAUCCAUACUCCACGCAGUUCCAGUUUGACGAUGUUUUUGCCAAGAAGCUGGUCUCUAACGGUGGUGUUAAGCACUUGGCUGUGGAAAACCUGACAUUGGAGGAAAGCGAGGUGCUGGUUAACUUUCUGGUUGAUUCACAGGUCAUUCCUGAAGAAGACGGAGACUUGACAAGACUGGCCCAAGCAAAGUACUUUUUGUCUGGAAAUGGUAAUCCAUUGGCCCUCUACAAGUCUUGUGUGUUGGCAUACAUGUAA